UAUUACAGCUCUACCAACUAAGAAGGAGAAGACAAUAGAAGACAUUCUGCCUCAGAAAAGAUUCUCUGACUGAAAUCUGAGAAAACUGGCCAAAACUCUACUAAACACAAGCCAUGGCUGCCAUAAUUAGAGCAAAACGACUGAGAUUCCUUCACUACAGCCCAACUUUUUCACACCAGUUGUGAUGGCUAACACUGUUGCUACUCUGGUGGUCCAGACUGAACUUUUACCUUCUCAGAUGCCCUCCUCCCUCUCUCCCUUUCCUUCCCUCCUCCCCUCCGUAGAGGAUGGAGAGAAGGGAGAAGAAGAGGGCAAAGAGUCAGGAACAGUUGGGCUCACAGGUGACGUGGUGACAUCAUCAACACCCCCUGCAACGGUGGCUCAAAUCCCAGAGCAUCCAUUCCAGUGUUUGGACUGUGGCAAGAGUUUUAAGUGGUCAUCCAGAUUGGCACAUCAUCAGAGAAGCCAUAACAAUGAGAGGCCAUAUCGCUGUAACCUUUGCCCUAAGGCCUUUAAGGGCUCAUCUGCCCUACUAUACCACCAGAGGUCUCAUUCUGGAGAGAAGCCGUAUAAGUGUGAUGACUGUGGUAAAGCAUUCAAACGCUCCUCUCUUCUACAGAUACAUCGGAGUGUGCAUACAGGCCUUCGCACUUUCCAGUGCUCCUACUGCCCUUUGACCUUCAAAUGGAGCUCACACUACCAGUAUCACCUCCGCCAGCACACCGGUGAAUGUCCGUACCCAUGCGACAGCUGCUCCAAAGCCUUCAAGAACUCUAGCAGCCUGCGUCGCCAUAAGAAUGUACACCUGGGCUUCAAGCCUUACGUCUGUGACGUCUGCAAUAAAGCCUUCAGUCAGUCCACUAAUUUGCGUCAGCACAUGCGCAUACACACAGGCGAACGCCCUUAUGUCUGUGGGGAUUGUGGGCGCAGCUUCACGCAUUCGUCCAACUUGGCGCUGCAUCGCAUCUCUCACAUAGAAGGAAAGGGGAAAAGUGCUGGGAAGGCUGGAGGGGCUGAUUCAGGAUCAGCAGCUCGAGAGAUGGAGGUGGUGCUGACGGAGGACUUGAACACUGUUGGGAUGAGUAUUUCUGAAAUGGUUGGGCUCGUUGGUGGACAGGAAGGAGGGGUCGGACAGGUGUUCCUGUCUCACAAUACGUCCUCGCCUGCUACCUCAGGUACAGCCAAUCAGAACAUCCUGCCACAGCUGACGCUCACACCCACUUCCUCAACUGUCACAGGCUCAGGGCAUAUGCACAUGAGCAAGAAUGACACAGGUGCUGGUGUUUUGCUGUUUAGUUGUGGCAGCUGUAAUGAGACAUUUUCAACACAGAGUCACCUUGAGGAGCAUCAGACUCUACAUUUAGAUAGUCUUGGCCCAGCAGGUGGUGGAGGGGUUGCUACAGAAAUUAGCACAGAGGCUGAGGGAGGUGGAGUGUCACUGGUGGGGGCUACACCAUUGUUGGCAGACUUUGAAGAGGUUGUUGAAACCACCACAGUUGCAGAUAGUGGGCAGACGGCAGAGUUACUUGGUCUGGAUGCCAUUAGAAAUGAGUCGGGGCAGGCACAGUAUGAUCUUCUGCAGACCUUUACUGCGUCUGUGAAUCAGAUGCCCACUGAUACCGGUGUGCCAACUGCACAAGCUACAACAGAAUGUGUCUACUGUGGGAAGAGUUUCAAAACCAGCAACGGUCUGACCAGACAUGUGGCUCAGGCCCAUCCUCUUGCUCUAUCCGAGUCGCGUUCUCAGUUCAACUGCUCGGCAUGUGAUCGCUCCUUCCCUCUGCUCUCCUCUCUGCUUAACCACCAGCACUCGCACACUCCUGAGCAGAGGCUGCUUGCUGAGGCAGAGGCAGAAGCAGAGAUCGUCUGCCCCUCUCUCUCACUGCCCCUGCCCUCCUUAAAGAGAGAUGGAGAAGAUGGAGAGAGAGAGAUCCAUGUCAGUCUAAUUGCUGUUACUGAGGAGGGAGAGAGACGAACUGUAAAGCCAUCUGUCAAAGCAUCAGGAAAGGGAGCUAGGAGAGGUGGAGGCAGCAAGACAUCUGCCACAAAUAACGAGAGGCCAUAUCGCUGCUCUGAAUGUGGGAAGUCAUUCAAAGGUUCAUCAGGACUUAGGUACCACAUGAGAGACCACACUGGGGAGAGACCGUAUCGAUGCACAGAGUGUGGCAAGAGCUUCAAAAGGUCCUCACUGCUGUCCAUACACCAAAGGGUCCACACAGGUGUGAGGGCUUUUCAGUGCCCCUACUGUCCACUGACCUUUAAGUGGAGCUCACACUACCAGUACCAUCUUCGCCAGCACACCGGUGAGCGGCCAUAUGUAUGUCAGGAAUGUGGCAAGUCUUUCAAGAACACCAGCUGUCUCCGUCGCCACAGUCAGCUCCAUUCUGGCUUACGUCCACACGCUUGCUCUGUGUGUGGUAAGGCUUUCUCUCAAACCUCCAACCUUAAACAGCACGAACGGACACACUCUGGAUGCUAUUUAUUUUCAAGACCAUCCAUUACCUUACAUGAGAGGCCAUAUCGCUGCUCUGAAUGUGGGAAGUCAUUCAAAGGUUCAUCAGGACUUAGGUACCACAUGAGAGACCACACUGGGGAGAGACCGUAUCGAUGCACAGAGUGUGGCAAGAGCUUCAAAAGGUCCUCACUGCUGUCCAUACACCAAAGGGUCCACACAGGUGUGAGGGCUUUUCAGUGCCCCUACUGUCCACUGACCUUUAAGUGGAGCUCACACUACCAGUACCAUCUUCGCCAGCACACCGGUGAGCGGCCAUAUGUAUGUCAGGAAUGUGGCAAGUCUUUCAAGAACACCAGCUGUCUCCGUCGCCACAGUCAGCUCCAUUCUGGCUUACGUCCACACGCUUGCUCUGUGUGUGGUAAGGCUUUCUCUCAAACCUCCAACCUUAAACAGCACGAACGGACACACUCUGGAGAAAGGCCCUUUCAGUGCUCCCAGUGCCACAAGAGCUUCACCCACUCAUCCAAUCUGCAGCUGCACCUACGCACACACUCCUCGCGCAAGGACUUCAAGUGCCAACACUGCGGAAAAGAGUUUGUCAUGCUCUCCUACCUGCAGAGGCACUUGAGAACUCACAGUUCUGGGGGUGCAGUAGCGUGUACGAAGGAAGCAGGAAAGGUGGCUAAAGGUAGUGGGGCUUCAGAGACAGCAACGCUAAAUUUAAACUUGAAUGUACCUGGAGGGCUUACCUCAUUGUUUCCCACUGAUAGCAAUUCCACAUUAAUUCUUUCACCCCCAAAUCUGGACAUACCUCCAAACACAUCACAGAACUAUUUUAUGAUCCAGACGACUUCAGGGUUGCAACUGAUCCCACUAUCCAAUCCCACGCCAACACAGCCUGCCCCUCCUCCUCCCCCACCACCACCUCCACAGACACAAAAUUUCCUGCUGCUUCAGUGCCAGUCCAACAAUGGCAACCAGCCUAGUCUUAUCCUGGUUCCCACAGCAUCCAGUACAAACACUCUUCCCACCCCUUCAGAACCACAGACCCUCCCCUUGGUGCAGACCAUUCCGGCAAUGUCCCAGGUUCUGGCAGCACCUCAAACUCAAAUCCAGCAAUUUCAACCAGUUCAGACACAGCAGAGAUUUAUUUUGACCAAUAAUAAUGCUCCCCUCAUUACUGCCCAGCCUCAAAGCACAUCGACGAUUGCUCGUCCCAUUUUAGGCAGCCUCGGUCGUAGCCGGAAAGGAGGAACCAGGCGUGGACGGAAGCCUAAAGCUGCUACCCAAAAAUCCCCCCCUACAGUUCAGACCACACUAGUUAAGAAACAGUUAAUGUUAUCAGGUGCAACUUCCACAUCUACCACAAUAUCUAGUGCCACUUCUGCUGCUUCUUCAAAGACAGAGUUCCCACAGCUUAAUGCUGAUGAUCCACCGACUGUGUCACCUGUCAGCAUUAGCCAAGUACCUGGAAGCUCUUCGGUUCCUGCAGUUAGAAUUAUGUCAGUGACGCCAAACUCCACUCUAACAAAAAGUUCCCCCAUGUUGAGCAGUGAUCCUGAGAGUGUUCCACUCGAAGAGAAAGCUGUCAAAGAAAUCUCAAGGGAGCACUUCGUUCUGUGCCUAAAGAAAGAAAUGGAGAAUGGAGGACAGGGGGAUGGGAUGGAGGUGAAGGUGGAGAUGGAGGGAGGGAAUGAUGCAGGGCGGUCUUAUGUAUUGCAGAUUGAAGGUGAGGGCCAGCAAGAAGAGGGAGGGAAUAGUGAGGGAGGAGAGAAGUCAUAUGUCCUCCGGUUUCAGACAGAGGGAGAAUGUGAAGGAGAUGCAGGAAAACAGAAGACAGAAAUGGUCUCUCUUAACUUACUCCAAGAGUGGACCGGACAGAGUGAGGGGCAUGGAACUGCAGAUGCUGAGGGAAGUGUUGAAGUAGAAAAGUCCUUUGUGCUUCAUUUCCAAACAGAGCCUCAGAGUGAGGAGGACAUUCAGCCAAACUCAGGCUUCAUAGGAGGCCCAGGUGAGGAUCUCAACCUUUCUUGCCAUCCGGGUCAAGCCUUAGUGCCUCUGGAAGGGCAGGAUGUGGUAUUUGAGCUCGCUGAUGAGACAAAAAUGGAUGGAAGCACGGGCCCAGGGGACAGUGUUCAAAUGAUUGCACUGAUAGAAGGUGAGGGCAAUGGUUCUGGGGCAAGGGGCAGUUUUAAAGGUGCUGUUGGGGCAAACUCUGGGCAAAUGGAGGGAAUCUUCCAGUUAGAGGGGGGAGAAGGCAUUGUUAUAAUUGAAGUUAGCACCAGCAGUUUGAGAGAGGGUGGAAUAGAGGCAGCAGAUGUAGGACAUACUUUAGCGGAAGGAACUGAGGAAAAACAAGGUAAUGAUGCACAAGAGGCAUGAGAGGAAUUACUGUCAGAAGAGUCAAAACGUGUUGAGGCUGAGAGCAUAUCAUCGUCAGAGAUGGGACUGAUUGGAACUUAGGGUUAAGAAUGGAGCACUAUAAUAGUCAAUCGGACUGGCUUUAACACAAAUCACACCUCACGACAGUGUUUCAAAUGCAAACUGGCACAUUUGUUUACCACAUAUCCAAACUGGAUUAAUUUCAAGUAAUGGUUCUGUUAUUCUAAAGUGUUCCUUUUGGACUGUGAUUAAUGUUUUUAGAUAUUAGGAAGCUGAGAACAACAUUGUAGCUAUAGGACCAACACAGGACCUAUGUUGAAUCUUACAUAAAUCAUUAGACUUGUUUGCUCCACACAUAGACAUCCUUAGAACACCACAGUGUCUUCUUCCUAAGCUGUUGUCCUCCCACCCCCAAGACUGCACUUUGUGUGGAUAAAGCAUAUUGCUUGUAGUUACAGUUGUUCACCUGGCCCCUACGGGGAGCUAUUUCACAAACCACAAUCAUCGAAUACAGCCCAGCCAAAAAGCAGUGGUUUCUAAAUGAAGGAAAUCCCUGGUGCUCCUCCACAACCAGGGUGCACUGAAAAGAGAAUUUAUAAACUAAUAUGAAAUAUGAACUAUAUUCAGCUAUGCUGUCAUGUUGACAGUGACUGUACAAAGUGAACUUUUGUAAAUAUGUCUACUCAGUUUUCAUUCUUAAUAUUGGUACUA